AAGCGACGAUCUGAUCGGUUGCUAUGGGCAACAUCUCCAGAAAUCUCUCCAGUUUUCUCUCAAAUGUUAGCAAACAUGCCUGUUGGUGUAUAUUGGACCUUGUACAAGACAACGGAGUUUCAAGCGAUGAUAGCAGAAUACUCAGUAUCUCUAGUACCACAUUCUCCACAGCUCAACAAGCACACCUCGCUCCUUCCUACCGAUAAAGAAGACCACAGUACCACACCCCUUUCUUUCUCUCUUUCAGAAGGCGCCCUGAUUCUGAGCUCGUGUUCACAGACGCUGCACUUUUGACGUCAUGACGCUCCUGGAGCGCCCCGCCCACGUUAUAUUGCUAGAGCGGCGCCUUCCACAGUGCGCGCUCCCGUUGAACAGCACUGUGCAGCACUGGAUGAAAGAUGCAAGGGUCUGUCAGGAGUCCAGAAAGUCAUUGACCUUUUAUACACACCCACUAAUUACAAGCAAACAGAUCUCAGGUGAAAAUGGUUACCUUUAAUAGCCAUUCUAACCCUUUUGUGUCAAGUUGUGUGCAUGUUAUCCGGCCAAAUCACCAGGCUUAUUUUCACGCAUGGUGAAGUGUGACUGAGACAUUACCCAAGCCAAGACAUGGCAGGGGGCCGUCGUGGCCCCAACCGGACUUCUUAUUGCCGGACCCCCUUAUGCGACCCAGGGUCGGCAGGGGGUGCAGCACAUGGAGGUAUGCCAUCAGUUGGUGGAGUGAGAUCCCGAGCCAGGAGUAGCUCUAGCACUGGCCUCUCCAGUCCCCCAUUGGCAGCUCAGACUGUGGUUCCACUGCGACACUGCAAGAUCCCUGAUUUGCCUGCUGAUCGCCACCUCCUGUUUGAGUUGCAGCUGUUUUUCUGUCACCUUAUUGCUCUGUUUGUGCACUACAUCAACAUUUACAAGACGGUCUGGUGGUAUCCACCUUCUCACCCACCAUCACAUACCUCUCUGAACUUUCACCUGAUUGAUUUUAAUGUGUUGACCCUCACAACCAUUGUGCUUGCACGAAGAUUGAUUGGUGCCAUUGUAAGGGAGGCUUCUCAGGGAGGGAAGUCCUCUAUGCCACAAUCACUGCUCCUGGUGGCAACACGAUUUGCUGUGCUGACUGGAACCGGCUGGAGUUUGUGCCGAUCCAUUAUCCUCUUGUUUAGGACGCACUCUUUCUUUAAUCUGCUGUUUCUUUGCUACCCAUUUGGGAUGUACAUCCCUUUCCUACAGCUAGGAUGGGACUUCCGCCGCCCAGGCCUCUCCCACAUGCCCAACACUCGAGAUCUUGCCUCUAUGGAUCGGGGAAGCAAAGAUUACUUGCAUGUUUUGCAGCAUAUUCUAAGGCACCACAUGCCCAGUGCAGAGCCCCUUCCUACGCAUGCCUGCUGCCUGUCACCUGACCUUAUUCGCAGUGAGGUGCACUACUUGAAGCUGGACUUCAACUGGCGUGUACGAGAGGUGCUACUUAGCUCCAUGCUGUCUGCAUAUUAUGUGGCAUUUGUACCUGUCUGGUUUGUUAAGAGCACACAGUAUUAUGACAAGUGUUGGUCAUGCGAACUCUUUCUUCAAGUAUCUCUCAGUACAUCAGUUAUCCUCACACAGCACCUCCUGCCUGCACAAUACUGUGAUCUCCUGCACAAGGCAGCCGCCCAUCUUGGAUGCUGGCAGAAGGUGGACCCCGCACUCUGCUCCAAUAUGCUUCAGCACUCGUGGAUGGAAGAGUGCAUGUGGCCACAGGGAGUUCUGGUUAAACAUAAUAAAAAUGUAUACAAAGCAGUUGGUCACUACAAUGUAGCCAUCCCCUCAGAUGUGUCACACUUCCGCUUUCAUUUCUUUUUCAGUAACCCAUUGCGGGUCCUGAACAUUUUGACUACCUUGGAAGGAGUUCUGAUCUUUUACCAGCUGUAUUCACUUCUUUCUUCAGAAAAGUGGCACCACACAAUCUCCCUAGCUCUCAUCCUUUUCGGUAAUUACUAUGCUUUCUUCAAGCUGCUCAGAGACCGAAUUGUGUUGGGUAAAGCAUAUUCUUACACAGCGGUCCCUGACUGAACGGAAGUUAAACUGAUUUCCUUUACCUUGUCCCCAUGCCAGAGCUCUGUAUUUUUGUUACUUUUUUUUUGUGGAAUUAAAAGGAAGAGCAUAUUUUUUUACUGUGA